AUGGCACCUAAUUUGUCAGUAGCUCAAUCUUAUCAGGAUCAUGAAGCUACGGAGUUCCGCGAGCUAGUAAUGGAAGACAAAUGGCAAGAAGUAAUUGAAAAAUACGAAGCAGAUAGUAAUUUUCACAAAAUAGAGAUAAAGGGAAGAGGAACAGCAUUGCAUGUGGCAGUAAGUAAUGGAUGCAAAAAAGAAGUGAAAAGUCUUGUAGAAGCAAUAGAAAAGCUUGACGAUGAAAGUAGUUUGAGAAUGGUGAAUGAAAUAGGUGCUACUCCUCUUCACCUUGCAGCAUAUAGAGGAUUCACAGAUGUGUGUGAAGAUAUAAUUGGAAAAGAAGGUGAAAGGAAAUAUUUGAUUCAAGAGAAAAAUGCAAAUGGAGAAACACCACUUUUUUGGGCUGUGCGUGCACGUAAAAGAUUAGUCUUUGUUUAUCUACAACAGUUUUUUCCAUAUGAUAUCAAUAUUGCUAUCAAUAACAAUGAUACUAGCAUCCUUCAUGUUGCCAUUCAGAGAGAAAUGUUUGAUUUGGCAAAUAUAAUAAUGUAUUGCUAUGAAAGUCUUGGAUCUAUGAAGGACAAAGAUGACAUCACUCCUCUCGAAAUUCUUGCUACUAGGACAUCUGCCUUCAUGAGUGGAAGUAGGCGACUAUCAUGGUGGAAGCAAAUUCUAUACUACUGUUUUUCUGUAAGCCUCCGGGACGCAAAAACUACAAUGGAAUUGUAUCAAAAGAAGGCUAUAUCUAAAGGAAAUUUAAAGAAUGAAAAAGAUGAUCAUAGUGAAGUAUCAAUACCUUUAUACCGUGUUGAUGAAUUAGAAAAGGCAUACAGUGGACGAAAUACUCUUGCUCAACUAGAUUUCUUUAGUUGUGUUAAGAUAUUAUUUCACCACAUUCAAAAUUUUGAAUCCGGAUGGCCAAUCCUAUCACUAUUGGACAUAAAGGCAAUAAAAACUAUUAAGAAGAAGCACAUAUUUGGUCGUCAGCUUUUGGAAGAAUUUAUGAAAAAUCCUUACGAGUCAUACAUGGGUGGUGGGUUUGAUCCAUUUCGUGACAUAGAACAGGAAGAACAAAGUGAAGAUGGGAUUGUAAAUUUUCCAGAGUUUAUCAAGCGUGAACGGAAAGAAGGUGAUACCUCAAUGCAAAACAUGAAGGAAAACGAGAAAUUGGAAGAUUCAACAAAUAUUGAUGGAAAAGAUGCAACAUUUUUGGCAGUAGCAAAAAGUGGCUUAGCAGAAAUUAUGGAAGAGCUUAAUUCUAAAGUACCAAUUACAUCUGAUAAAAAAGGUUUUUUACUUGUUGCAAUGAAGAAUAUUAAACAAGAAUUAUCAGAAGAGAAGAGUGUUUUAAAGGACACAGCAUAUUUGAUUGCAGCAAGUAAUGGAAUAGUUGAGAUGAUGUCAGCACUUAAACUAAAAAUAAGAAGUGUGACCCAUGAGACUAACUCCAACAAUGAAAAUGCAUUGCUUUUGGCAGUAAAGAAUAGGCAACCACAUGUUAUUAAGUGGUUGUGGAAGAGUUUACCUAAAGAAGUGUUUCAACACCUAAAUCUAGAAGUUGAUAAAAAUGAGAAUACUGUGUUACACGUGGCAGCUUAUACAUCAAUCCAAAGAGAAAAUACUUGGAGGAUUUCUGGUGCUGCAAUGCAAAUGAUGUGGGACAUCAAAUGGUACAAGUACAUAAAAGGACUAGUACCAGAGCAUUUCAAUCAUAGAAAUAAUAAAGAUGGAAAAACUCCCAGUGAAAUCUUUAAGGAGCAACACAAAGAACUUCUACAAAACAGUAUUGAAUGGUUGAAAGACACAUCAGAGUCAUGCUCAGUUGUCGCAGCUCUCAUUGCUGGUGUCUCCUUUGCUACAUCAGGCAGUGUCCCUGGUGGCAAUCAGCAAUCAGGACAACCAGCAUUAGAAGGACAUCCAGCAUUCGAAGGAUUCGCUGUAUCUUCAUUAAUUGGACUUUACUUCUCUGUUACUGCACUCAUCAUGUUCCUUUCUAUACUCACUUCUCGGAAAGAAGUAGAAGACUUUCGUCGAAACUUGCCAAUGAAGCUUCUUUUUGGCUUGAGUUCUCUCUUCGUAUCCAUUGUUGCUAUGUUUGUUUCUUUUUGUGCUGGACAUUUCUUUGUGCUCACGGAUAAAUAUACCAAGAGAGGUAUCUUGUUCUAUUUAUAUAUUUCCAUUUGCUUGCCUGUCGCAUUCUAUGCUGCUGUGCAGUUUCCAUUAUUUGUUGAUCUUGUUAAGGUUAUUUGGAAGAAGGUUCCACCACCAAGUGUUAAGGGUGUUCAUCUCUAG